AGCAGCGAUAUACUGUCUGGUGCAUUGCUGCUGUGUUUUUAAAAAAAAAUGACAAAAAAAAAGACUUUUCUUCGAUCCAUGUCUCUCUUUUAUUUGUUUAUUUAAAAAAGAAAAGUUAAAAAACCUUUUGCAGAGUAGGUUUUUUGGAACGUUUUUAAAAAAUGUUCUGGAAACUCUUGUGUUCAAAGAGAGUAGAGAAACAAAAUGCAUAUCCAAUUACUCUGAGAGAUGCAGACAGGAAGUAGGAAAUGAAAACACGUUUGCCACGGGAGGUUAGGUGUCAGCUCAUCCUGAAGCACAGAAGUUCAUCUGCUGCUACCCUGUUGUUGUGCCAUAUUUCACUCCUUUUUCACAUUUACAAGCAUCUUGAGUGCAUUAAAUAUUUGGAGCUUGAAGGCUAUAUACUGACUCUCAUGUCCUUUGUGAACGGAGUUUGGCUAGCUGUCUAAUAGUGGUUGCUACACCUCAAGGAGGACAGUAUAUAAGGCAUUAAAAUUGUUUUUCUCCUAGUGGAAAAAAACAUAGUUGUAGAAAAAAUCCCAGAGCCAUCUGGAAUUCCUAGGGACUUUCCAUGUAUGUGAUAAGGAAACAGAAAGCUGGCAAUCAAACAGGCAAACAUCCUGGUUUAAAGUUUCACUUUCGGUUUAGGGAUUCAAUAAAAGGGAACUGCAACAAGUGCCUUUAUACCAGAAGACAAACUUACAGUGUCCAGAACUGUGCCUCCUAAACACAAUGGCAGAAGCUUCUGGAAAUUCUUUGCAUUCUGAGUACAUCAGAGACGUGAGCGGGGAUAAGCUGAAGAAGGUGGAGGAGGCCAGAGAUGCAGCAGUGCAGAUACUGACGGACGCUCUGGAGAAGGGCCUGUACGGAGACCCUGUCAGUUUCCACUACUCCUGCUCCAAGCCCAUCGACUCCUACAAGUUCUUCUGCAUACCUACACAAGCUUUCCUGAGAGACGUGCUGCACAGAAUUCAGAAAGUGGACUUCAAGGAGGACGAAGACCCAGAAGAGAGCGGCACCUUUGCCUACGUUGACCCCGAUAACGACGCCUUCACUGUGUACCUGUGCAAGAAAUUCUGGGGCGCCCCAGACCACCUCUGCUUCGACUCAAAACCAGGCACCCUCAUCCAUGAGGUCUCGCACCUGCUGGGAACAAAGGACCUUAUGUAUGUGCCCAUGGAGGUGGAGCUGUACGAGGACCAUGGCACCCUGAUGGGGAGGUCCCAGUCCAUAUGGUGCGAGGAUAAGAAGCGUCACUACCGAGAGGAUGUGACGCAGAUCAACGCCAACAGCCUGGAGUACGAGUUUGAGAUGGUGCUCAACCACAAGGGGGAUUACAUGAACGGCAGGUACACCUGCUGUGGCGAAACGAAGAAACAUUCUGUCUGCAAAGGCCAAUCCACCGGGCACGAGGUCGAGAUGGUGUCAACACAAGGGCUUACAGAGCACAGGUACGCCUGCCGGCGACGAAUGAUUUCGUGCAGUGAAUCCGAGUGCAGUCGAUGA